GAAAACCACCUUAACGUUUAUCUCACAGACUUAUUCGAAAUCGUGAGUGCUCUAUAUGACAAGAUGCCUAAUACCAUUGGAUAUUCACACAUGUACAGAGCGUAUAGCGACUAUAUGCAAAUUGUACAACGACUUUUAAUGUUGGAAUCGCCGAUCGCAGAGCUGGUGAAAAAGUCAAGAAGAGGCACAACAGACUCCUCAAUACCAUCUGUUGUGAUUUGCAAAUUGACAAAUCGGGAACGAGCAGAAUGUACGCUAAAGCGGCUAACUGUGAUAGAUCUAUUGUUAUAUCUUCUGCGAGUAGAGGCCUUUAUGAAAGAAAGGGAUAGACUCAGACACUCAAUACUCAAGCUAUUGCAAGAUGUCGCUAAAGACGUUGGCUCAGUUUCAGUUUUAGAGGGAGUCGUUGCAAAGGACUGGGAUAAUUUUAUUACAGCCAAAGAACUAUUUACCUAUUUUCUAAGUCACAAAGAAUUUCAAAAAUCUUUCUUAUCUAAGCGAGAGGAAUGUGCUACUUUUGCGAUUACUACCGUCAAAGAUAUAUUUCUUAACUGCGCUACCGUGCUGUCUAGAACACACAGCUAUGAGUUAUACGAAACAGCAAGUAAUCUAGCAAUAGUCGACAAUGUUAUUGUUGACAUACUGGCAGACGCUGCUGAUUUGCAGCAAAAUCUUUGCUACGAUUUUCUUUUCCUUUUGUUUCAACAUGGUACUGAAAUGGCUACUCUAAAUCAGCAAAUGGAAGUGGGUAUAGCAGCACUAAAACGUUGGCAGCAACACUGCAGCAUCUCUGGCAAUUAUGUCGAGCUCAACAAUAUACAUGGGAAUUCCUAUUAUGGAUACUCGAAUUCUGAAGACAUCGCUAUAUUGGGAUGCUUGCGUUUGGCGGCCUUGGCAGUUCGCAUUGACAACGACGUGUUAGUUGCACGUGAUACACAUUUACAAGCAACGGAAUGCAAUAAAAUGCAGGCAGUUACGGAUCUCAUCACUGUACUCUUGCAAGAUUGGAUUGACCCAGUAAUUGCAACUGUUUUCCUUAUUGAGGUAUGUUGCAAAUUGCAAGACCCUAUUGAAAUAGCAGUACCAGCAAGCGGAUCGCCUUUGUUGAAGUCUUCUAUUUUACUGACGUUGAAAGACAUAUUUCGUGCUCACCGUACAUUCAUGAGUAGCGCUAGUGCUGAAACAAUAUUUUGCAAACUCUUCACUACAACUCAUGUAGCUAAAGAACUGGCUCGAAAAUCUAAGUAUUCAAUUGCUGAAUUUUUAUUUUUCUGCAAACGUUCUCCUCCGUCUGGAUAUUUCAUGGGAAGAGCCAAGUCACUUGAUCGAAUUCCUUGCAUUUGUGACUUUGUUUGCCUCGAGUUUCUGUGUCAGGUAUGUCCAGACGAUGGAUUUAAUUUUGAGACGCUACUAGCAAAGCCAAAAUGGAAAAGAAAAAAAUCUCCAGGCAGUCGUCAGUACCAAGAAGUUAUGCAAGAAUUUAGAAGGUCUAGAGCAAAAAGGAACUCGAAACCACCACAGCCGCAAAGUCAACAAGACAAUCCGAUGUCGUAAACUGUCAAAGUUACCGGUGUACUAUAUCAUAUUUUCAGAUGGCAAAUCAAUGCGAUGGAACAAGUACAGAAUGUUUUGAAUUUCGGACUGUUACGGCUAUGACAACUUGGACUAAAUUCGCAUGUUGCUAGAUAUCUUAGUUUGAAUUGAUGGACUAUGUGGCUGCUUGGACAUUUUGUUCACCAUAUACUAACUUUAUAUUGCGUAGAUGUUCUUGUCUCCAUCCAGCUGUUAUGGUAGUUGUGACAUUUUUAUCUUUGGCGUUUUACAAGCGAAGCAUUAAGGGCUGUGUGUAUAUGUAAUAUUUUAUAAUGGUUGGUGGGCGGUUAAUUAAUAAGAACUAUGGCACCUAUUGGAAAAAUAAUUUGAUAA